UGCCAAGAUCGCCCCAUGCCUUGUCUCCGUGGCCGAGUCUGGUCACAGACGAUGACCACAAGUUAAAGCGGCAGGGCUCCACGCUGGAGCUAAGGAACGGGCCUACCGCCUCCAGCCUUCCUGAAAAAUGUGCGGCCGACAAAUUCUUCAAUCUUGAGACUGGCCAGUGCAGCUCCUGUGCCCCAGAGCUGAUCCCGAGUCCUGAGGGUUUGAGUUGUGUUUGCAAGCCUGGAUCAAAAGAUGGAGAACCCCAUCGUCUUCCAUGCCCCGGCUGUAGCAGCGUUCCCGCUGGCACCCUCUGGGAAUCUGAGUUUCUUGAUAGGAACUUCCUAGCAUGUGAGAACACCUGCAAUGCAACGGCUUGUCAAAUGCUCACCAACAUGGUCAUCCUCAGAGUCUUCUCUUUGCAAACCAGGCCUUACGAUCUUUACACCAAGGCCAAGAGCCAAGAUCUCCCAAAGCUUUGGUACGGUAGCAACACCAGACCUUUUCCUUCUGUGGCUUUUGGGAAGCAUUCGAAGAUGGACUUCAAGGUCAUUCAGUAUGAUGUCUGGGGAAAGUUCCUGGGUUGGCAGGAUAUAGAAGGAGCAACACUUCAGCUCUGCCCAAACAGCCAAAAGAUUCUGGAUGCUGCUUUUACCAUGGGAACCAUCUACCAACAGUCUUGCACUCUUGAGGUCUCUGCCCUGCUGCAAAGAACUCCAGAACCCAUCUUCUAUGAGGUGUUUUUGCAGUUUGAAGAUGAGAAGGGGAACACCCAACUCUGGCCCGUUCCUAUAACCAACCCCACAAUAGUAACUAACAAUCAAGCACCCCCAUUGAAUCAAGCACUCCGGAGGUUCUUUCUGGUCGAUGGGCUGUCAGGCAGAAAAGGGAAUUUGUCAAAUGCUCCAGGGUCUGUUACCUUGGCAAAGGAAUUGCUUCUCAGUGUCCACCUACCAACCACUGUUCCUGUAGAAGACCCACCUUUCUCCUUGACAGUCAGAUACGCAACACACCGCAUCCCAGAGAUUGCUCAGGUGUCAUUUUCAGUCUCCUACAAUCAAAGUCCUGGAUCAGCUCAGCUAGCAACUGAUAUCUCCUUUGGGGUCCUGGGGUUUCUCGCUGUCCUCUACGCUUUGUUGGAAACGAACAGUUGGGCCCGGCGAUCUCGUCUGCAGAACAUCGAUUUCAUAACCAUAUUGAAAUUCUUUGCUUGCUUGGCUGGAUCUCUGGCAAAUGUCUUUUUCAUGGUCACUUUGGGAAUUAGCGUUUACUGGCUGAUCGUUUUCAAGGGUCAGCAAUUUUCUACAGUGGCAAUUACACUCCCAGCUGCUGGUAGCCAAGCAGAAACCAACUUUAUCAUCUAUGCACUGUGUGCUCUGACUCUGAAGAGCCUGGAUCUUCUACAUCUUCUGAUCACCCAGCUGAUGGUCUCCAUCUUCCUGAUAGACUGGGAGAAGCCAAAGGGAAAACCAACAAUGAAAGGCGGUCCAACCUCAUCAGUGAGUGCCUGGAGGAUUUUUCUGAUCGCUAAUGAGUGGAAUGAAAUCCAGACACACAGGAAGGUGCAUCCUUCGCUUCAGCUGUUUGCUGUUUUGUUGCUUUUGGAGGUGGUGGGACUCAAAAACCUCGCAUCAAGAGACCUGAAUGUCAGUUUGCAGCCUGAACCAAAUACUUACCAAGCUCCCUGGAGCCCAAUUCUUCGUUUUGGGAUUGCUGCUUCUGUUUGGCUGGUGGUGGCCAUUGUGCAGAUGUUGAUGUCCGUUGGGUUAUAUCAACGUUUUGUGGAGGACAAGAUUCAUCAGUUCAUUGACCUUUGUUCCUUGAGCAACGUGUCGGUCUUCAUCCUGACACACAGAUGCUACGGAUUCUACAUUCACGGGCGAAGCAUCCACGGACAUGCAGAUGUGAGCUUGGACACAAUGCUCUCUUAUCUCAGGAAGGAGGAGGACAACCUUUGCCCCCUGAGGGGCUUGGAGCCCAAUUCUGAGGUGCAGACCUUCGAGGUGUUUCUCACUGACCGGACUCGGACGUUCUACGACAGAAUCCUCCUCUCAUUAAUGGAGCAUCAGAGAGGACUCCAUAGUCGCCCUGAUCUUCACGAGCAGAGGAUGAAAGGCUACCAUGCGCUGAAUUGGUUCCUGGUCUCCUUCUUGGAACAUAGGUAUAAAGACAUGGACUACAUAGUGAAGGAUAAGUUUUUCUCAGAGAGGAUCAUGGACUUGGAGUUUCAAGAGCCAGGAGACUUCUCGAUUCUCUAUAACGAUGACGGUGCGUUGUUCAGCCGGACGCUCUUCUACGGCCACGAACUACUGCUCCUUCUCUUUGAAACCCUCCUGUUCUGCGCUGUGGAUUUCGGGGCACAGAAUUUUGUGCUCUCAACUAUUGUUACCUUUGUUGUGCAGAAGCUUGUGCAAAUGGUGCGCGACGCGCUCGGAAGGCGAAAUCUAGCGGAGAAGACCUUGGUGGAUAAACAGUUCCUGAUCUAAGAGCCGCCACCGAGUCCUUCCAUGUGGGAAGAGGAGAUCCCGCUGGCCAGGCAGCCGAUGCGCUUGCAAAGAAUCCCAGCCUAGGAGGUUUCCUCUUUUAGGGAAGAAAAUGUCUGAAUGGUUCUUAUUUCCAGGAUUCUCACUCAAAGCAUGUGAAAGAGUGAGGAUGGGGGUGGGGGGAGGGAUAUUUUCCCAGGGGGCCACAAAACCUGAUGCCUCUGCUUGAAAGUUUGGAGGGCCAUGUGCUUCUGUUUGUAGGCUCAGCACAUUCCCAGUAAAAUUACAGAGAAUCCUCAAUUUACAACCAUUUGUUUCGUGACUGUUCCAAGUUACAACAGCACUAAAAGAAAAGUGAUUUAUGACUUUUACGAUUUAUGACUGAACUGCUGCUAUGCUGGCUGGGGAAUUCUGGGAAUUGAAGUUUAUAAGUCUUAAAAGUUACCAAGUUUGGAGACCCCUGGCUCUACGGAAGACUAGAAACCUGCACGCUUGUAAACCCUUAUCUUACGUGUAUGAAAACCAGCUUUUGAAAGUGUGACCUCCAUGGACACUUCCCAAACGAAAAUAAAAGGAUGCACUUGAAAACAAA